AUGGUGAAAUUGAUUUUUACAAAAGGUGAAGAAGAGUUCGUCGAUUGUGCAGCAAGCAUGUGUGGUGACUCCCUCAACAAUGAUGUCUACCACAAAGAUGGGUUAAGGGAGCUCAGGGAUAAAGAUGAUUAUGUUAGGUUCCUUGAUGUUGGGUUUGAUGAUGAUGAUAAUCAAAUCAGUAUCUACAUUGAUGAUUAUCAUGAACCCUUACUAGAUUGGAUUGAAGAAGAGAAAGCUAAAGAAGGGGACAGUGGUACUGAUACAUAUGAAGAUGAUGUGGACUCAAUAUUGUCCGAUGAUCUAUCGGUGGACCAUGAAGUUGAUGAUGAGGACAUUCAGUGGCCUGAACUUGUUGAUCCUUUUUUGUCUCAUAAGAAUCUUAUUCCAGAAAGAGGCAUAGCCGAAGAAGUUGUUGAUAAGGUAAAAAAAACAUCCUAUUCACGAUCCUAA